AUGGAUCAACUUAAUAAUUUAACGUUUUGGGAUGUUAAAGAUGCCUUAAAUAAAGUGAAAAACGUAGUUAUGAACUACACAGAGAUGGAAGCAAAGGUUCGAGAGGCAACUAAUAAUGAGCCUUGGGGUGCCAGUAGCACUUUGAUGCAAGAGAUUGCGCAAGGGACAUAUAGUUAUCAGAGUUUCAAUGAGAUCAUGACAACAAUCUAUAAGCGAUUUACCGAGAAAGAAGCUCGACAAUGGAGGCAGAUAUACAAGGCACUACAAUUGCUUGAAUAUCUCGUGAAACAUGGCUCAGAAAGAGUAGUUGAUGAUGCUCGAGCACAUAUGGCUACUAUUAAGAUCAUGCGUAAUUUCACUUUUAUUGAUGAUAAGGGAAAAGAUCAAGGCAUCAAUGUUCGGAGCCGUGCAAAGGAACUCGCUGAACUAUUAAGCGACGUCGAGAAAAUUAGGCAGGAAAGAAGAAAGGCAAAAGCGAAUAAAACAAAAUACACAGGUGUUAGUUCAGAUGCUAUUGGUUACGGUGGCUCAUCAUCUCGUUACGGAGGGUUCGGAAAUAAUGAUACUUUUUAUUACAGCGAAGAUAGAUCACGCUCCCGAUAUGACGAACCAGACUCACAAUGGCAAAUCGAUUAUAGGACAAGUAGAAGCUCUCUUAAUGAAGAAAGAAGAACUAGUAAUAGUGGUGCAUCUCGUCUCAGUCAAUCAUCCAAUAAAAAGAUAGUUGAAACAUCGACUGAGACAGCUAAUUCAGAUGAACCGGCGACUGCAAACACUGAAGUUAACUUAUUCGACUUUGAUGAUACUCCAAGUACUAAUCCUAAUUCUGCACUUCAGAAUGAUUUUGGCGCGAUGCAAACGGCAUUUAUUGGUAUUAAUUGUUUUACCUGUUUCAGUCAUAAUUUUUUUUUAUAA